UUCACUGACGACUGUCGCAAAAACUGGUCCGGAAUACGGCAGGACAAAACACGUUGAGCAGGAGGCGAGCUGUGUGGAAAUGGAUCAGAUUUAAUGGAUAAUGAUAAUGACGGGAUCGAGCCCAAACCUGUGCUUACGAGAUGAGAAAUGGAGCAAAUAAUGAUUCGGUGGAUAUAAUUCAUGCAAUAUGGUGGUGUAAAUUUAGUGUUAGCAAUGUUUUUAGCUUUGUCCAGAAAGCACCUGCUAAGUUGUGCGAAAGGGCACGUACCGCGGAUCAGCGUCGGUCAAGCCGCAAGAUCCACACAUGUCCGAGAAUGGAAAGGGUCACCUCGGAAAUGUCGCCACACCACUGAACUAACACCUGCUGCAACAGAAACCAAACCUCUUCAGAGACUGAAAGCAAAGUUCUCCUCCCCUGGCUGUCGGCCCAAAUGUGUGCUCUUUGUCGAGAAAGUUGUGGAGGCAACAUUUCCCCCAAAUCUGCCAUUUAUUAACAAGCUGAAUGCAAGGACAAACCAGACUCCACUGAAUAAACCAAAUGCUAACAUCUCUAACUAUCAGAUUCAGACAUUCAGGGGCAUUUUGAGUGAUGGGAUUAGUUUUGGCCUUCACUCGAAGUUAAAGGGAUACUGUACCGCACCUGGAAAACCUGCGUUUAAAGAAGAUCCGAAAACUCCAAAUCAAGACAACAGUCAAUCUUCCUCCUCUUCCUCCUCCUCAUCAUCUCCAUCUAACGAAGUGCAGUUUAAAGAACUGUAUGAAAAUCCAUGGACAAUCCCCAACUUCCUUUGCAUGGCUAGGAUUGUACUGUCUCCAAUCUUGGGUUAUUUAAUCAUGGAACAAUAUUUUCACGUGUCUCUUGGACUGUUCGCUUUGGCAGGAGCGACUGACUUGCUGGACGGCUACAUUGCACGAAACUGGGCGAAUCAGAAGUCGGCUCUGGGUAGCGCUCUGGAUCCGCUUGCUGAUAAGAUCCUCGUUAGUGUGCUGUAUGUCAGUUUAACCUAUGCACAGAUCAUCCCAGUACCACUCACGACACUGGUGAUUGCCAGGGAUGUUGCAUUAAUUGCUGCAGUUUUCUACGUCCGUUACAAAACUGUCCCUCCUCCAGUAAGUAGGAAUCAAAAUGCAUAAUUGUUUUGGCAACUCAGGAGAUAAUACAAAAUAA